UUCAUGAAUACUUCGGAAACUUAAAGAAUUAUGUUUACGUUAAAAACUUUUGUUUUAUUUAUAAUUUGCACUUAUAAAUUUGUUAGCAGUUUACCUGCUAUCCAAAACAAAUCUAGUUUCAAUGGCUUGAUACCAUUCAGUAGAAAUACUGUUUAUCCUGGAUAUUUACUUUUCGAAACUAGUUUAUAUAAAUAUCAUCGUGACGUUCAAAAGUGGGCAGAUGCAAGAAAAAUUUGCGAUGCUGAAGGUGGACAUUUAGUAAUAAUUAAUUCAGAAGAUGAAGCAUAUUUUGUGCGAGGGCUUAUGGCUAAAUAUCCGGAUAGUGUCUUAAAUGAUGUUAAAUAUAAAAAUCAAGUUUUGAUUGGUAUGCACGAUUUAUUCAAAGAAGGCGAAUUUGUUACAAUCGAUGGUAAAUCACUUGAAAGCUCUGGUUAUACUUAUUGGGAACCUGGUAAUCCUGGUAAUGCACCAAAUCAAAACUGUGGAUCAGUUACGCGUACAGGCGGAAUAAAUGACUUUCCAUGUGAUACUCCGUCAACUUUUAUUUGUGAAAUUCCAUUAGAAAGUGUUUGUGAACAUAGUAUCAUCAACCCCAAUGGUUCAACGUUAGCGGAAGAAAAAGGAAAUUAAAAAGAAUUUAUUGUAAGAUUUGACAAAUUGUAAGGAUAGUAGUACGUGGGACAGUAC